AUGGCUACCGUUUGUAAAGGUUGUAAAGGUACUGACUUCAUUAGAGAAACGUCAAAUGCCAACAAUGAUUUAGUCUGUACCGGAUGUGGUAUGGUGUCUGAAGAUAACCCAAUUGUUUCAGAAGUUACAUUUGGUGAAUCAAGUUCUGGUGCUGCUGUAGUACAAGGUUCUUUCAUUAGUGGAGAUCAAGCUCAUGCUGCAUUUGGUUCUCAUGGUGGUUCAAGUGCUUUAGAAUCUCGUGAAACUACUAUUAAUAAUGCUAGAAGAAAACUUAGAGCAGUCUCCCAUGCAUUAGGUAUUCCUGAAUAUAUCACAGAUGCAGCUCACCAAUGGUAUAAGUUAGCUUUACAUCAAAACUUUGUUCAAGGUCGUAGAUCUCAAAAUGUCAUUGCUUCAUGUUUGUAUAUUGCAUGUCGUAAGGAGAAAACCCAUCAUAUGUUAAUUGAUUUUUCUUCAAGAUUACAAGUCAGUGUUUAUUCCAUCGGUGCCACCUUUUUAAAAAUGGUUAAAAGAUUGCAUAUUACAAAUUUACCUUUGGCGGAUCCAUCCCUAUUUAUUCAACAUUUUGCUGAAAAAUUAGAUUUAGGUGACAAGAAGAUUAAGGUCGUUAAGGAUGCAGUAAAACUUGCUCAAAGAAUGUCCAAAGACUGGAUGUAUGAAGGUAGAAGACCAGCCGGUAUUGCAGGUGCAUGUAUUUUAUUAGCAUGUAGAAUGAAUAAUUUGAGAAGAACCCAUUCAGAAAUUGUUGCUGUAUCCCAUGUUGCAGAAGAAACAUUACAACAACGUUUAAAUGAAUUCAAAAAUACAAAGUCCGCUAAAUUAUCAAUCAAGGAAUUCAGAGAAGGUGAUUCUUCAGAACCGUCAACCCAACCACCAUCUUUUACUAAAAAUAGAAGAAAUGAAAUGAGAAUCAAGGAAAAGUUGAAGAAGGAUGAAUUAUAUGAGACUAGUGAAGAGGCAUUAAGUAAAAAUCCAAUUUUAACACAAGUUUUAGGUGAGCAAGGAUUAUCCUCAAAAGAAGUAUUAUUUUAUCUUGAGAAGUUUUCCAAACAAAGAGAGCAAGUAAGACAUAGAAUAAAAACAACCCAUGGUAUCGAUAAUUCUAAUGUUUUUAGUAGUCAAGACGCACUUGAUGGAGAUAAUAAUAGUAAGAAGAGAAGCGUCGCUGAGAUGGAAACAGACGAAAUUAGUGUCAAUGUGGAUUCCGAUGACGAAGAAGAAGAAGAAAAUUCUAAAUUCCAAGAUCAAAUUGAUGGUUACUCAUUAGAAAAUGAUCCAUAUAGACCAAAAAAUCUUCAUUUAUUGCCUACCACCGAUUCAUUACUGGCCAAAGUAGAAGAUGAUCCUGAUAACCUAGACGACGUUGAUGACGAAGAAUUAGACGCUCAACUUCUAGAUGAAGAAGCCUCAAGAUUGAAAGAAAGAAUUUGGAUUGGGUUAAAUGGUGAUUUCUUAUUAGAACAGGAAAGUAAAAGAUUGAAACAAGAAGCCGAUUUAGCUACAGGUAAUACCUCUGGUAAAAAGAAAAGGAAACCUAGAAAGAAAGUCACCAAAAAGGAAAAUGAUGAAGAAGCAAUUCUUGCUGAAUUAGAUCCAAAUGGAUUACAAGCUGCUUUAAAGUAUGCAGAGGAAAAUGGCGAAUCAACUACUGCCGAUAGUGUUAAAAAUAUGUUACAAAAAGCUAGUUUCUCAAAAAAAAUCAAUUAUGACGCUAUCGAUGGUUUAUUCAAAUAA